ACUGAAGAUAAAAACUAGAAGAAAGUUAUCCGUGGAGGUCGUAUCUAAUGAACAUAAUUUAUUAUUUGGAUGAAAUUUGUUCCACCGUGUUUGCUUUUCCCUUGUUUGUUUGAUGAAAAGGCUAAGUGACUAUGACACAGAAAAGUAUGUAUCAGCAAACCCAAGCACUUCUGUGCAAGAAUUUUCUUAAGAAAUGGAGGAUGAAAAGAGAAAGCUUACUGGAAUGGGGCCUACCAAUACUUCUAGGACUGUAUAUGGGUUUGUUUUCAUAUUUCAGAGAAAACGUACAGUUUCCUGAAACGCCUUCUCAGGAUCUGGGAAGGGUAGAUAAAUUUAAUAGCUCUUCAUUAAUGGUUGUUUAUACGCCAAUCUCUGAUGUAACCCAGCAGAUAAUGAAUAAAACAGCAUUUGCUCUCUUUUUGAAAGGAAAAAAUGUCAUUGGGGUACCAAAUGAAAAACACAUGGAUAAAAUACUUGAAGACAAUUUACUAUUUGCUGUGGGAAUUGUCUUUAAUGACACUUUCUCCUACAAGUUAAAAUUUCUUCAGGGAUACAACAUUCCGCUUUUGAAUGAAGAAAGUUUUACAGCUCAUUGCUGGAAGGUAUAUGAUGAGUUUUCAUGUAUUUUGACCACAUACUGGACUAGAGGAUUCGUGACUUUACAAACAGCCAUUAAUGCUGCUAUUAUACAAAUCACAACAAAUCACUCUGUGAUGGAGAAGUUGAUGUCAGUUACUGCUACAAAUAUGAAGAUAUUACCUUUUGUUUCUAAUGACGUUCUCCAAAAUAAGAUGUUUAUUUUAUGCUGCUUGCUUUCUUUCUCCCCAUUUAUAUAUUUUGUAUCAGUCAAUGUUACAAAAGAGAGAAAAAAAUAUAAGGAUUUGAUGAACAUGAUGGGUCUACAAGAUUCAGCAUUCUGGCUCUCCUGGGGUUUAAUGUAUGCUGGAUUCAUCUUCAUUAUUUCCACAUUUCUUACAAUUCUCAUAACAUCCACCAAAAUUAUAGUCAUGACCGGAUUCAUGGUCAUUUUUACACUCUUUUUUUUGUAUGGCUUAUCUUUGAUAGCUUUAGCAUUCCUAAUGAGUGUGUUGUUAAAGAAAGCUGCCCUCACCAAUUUGGUUGUGUUUCUCCUUACCCUGUUUUGGGGGUGUAUGGGAUUCACUGCAUUUGAUAGACAACUUCCUUCAUCUCUGGAGUGGAUUUUGAGUAUCUGUAGCCCCUUUGCCUUUACUUCUGGAAUGGUGCAGGUUAUUCACCAGGAUUAUAACUUGAAUGGUGUAAUUUUUCCUGAUCCUUCAGGAGACUCAUAUUUAAUGAUAGCAACUUAUUUCAUGUUGGCUUUUGAUGGUUUUAUCUACUUGAUAUUGGCUUUAUACUUUGACAAAAUUUUACCAUAUGGAAAUGAACGCCAUUAUUCUCUAUUAUUUUUUCUGAAUUCAUCACCUUGUUUCCAAGACCAAAGGACUGACAAAAAAGUUAUUGAGAAAGAUAUAGAUCCUGAAUGUUCCUCUGAUGAUUAUUUUGAACCAGUAGCUCCUGAAUUCCAAGGAAAAGAAGCCAUCAGAAUCAGAAAUGUUAAAAAAGAAUAUAAAGGAAAGUCUGGAAAAGUGGAAUCAUUGAAAGGCUUGCUCUUUGACAUAUAUGAAGGUCAAAUCACAGCAAUCCUGGGUCACAGUGGAGCUGGCAAAUCUUCACUGCUAAACAUUCUUAAUGGAUUGUCUGUUCCAACAGAAGGAUCAGUUACCAUCUAUAAUAAAAAUCUCUGUGAAAUGCAAGACUUGGAGGAGAUCAGAAAGAUGAUUGGUGUUUGUCCUCAAUUCAAUGUUCAAUUUGACAUGCUCACUGUGAAGGAGAACAUCAGCCUGUUUGCCAAAAUAAGAGGAAUUCACCCACAGGAAGUAGAAGAAGAGGUACGACGAAUUUUACUGGAAUUGGACAUGGAAAACAUUCAAGAUAACCUUGCUAAACAUUUAAGUGAUGGACAGAAAAGAAAGCUGACCUUUGGGAUUGCCAUUUUAGGAGAUCCUCAAAUUUUGCUCUUAGAUGAACCAACUACCGGAAUGGAUCCCUUUUCACGCCAUCGCGUGUGGAGCCUCCUGAAGGAACGUAAAGCAGAUCGUGUGAUCCUCUUCAGCACCCAGUUCAUGGAUGAGGCUGACAUCCUGGCUGAUAGAAAAGUGUUCAUGUCCAAUGGGGAAUUGAAGUGUGCAGGCUCUUCUAUCUUUUUGAAGAGAAAAUGGGGUCUUGGAUAUCACUUAAGCUUGUAUAGGAGUGAAAUAUGUGAUCCAGAGCAAAUAAGAUCCUUCAUUAAUCAUCACAUCCCUGAUGCUAAAUUAAAAACAGGAAACAAAGAAAAGCUUGUGUAUACUUUGCCUUUGGAAAGGACAAAUAAAUUUCCAGACCUUUUCAGUGAUCUUGAUAAGUGUUCCAGUCAGGGGAUGAUGAGUUAUGACAUUUCCAUGUCAACUCUGAGUGAAGUCUUCAUGAACCUGGAAGGAAUAUCCACUGUAGAACAAGAUUUUGAACAAGCAGAGAUAAGAGACUCGGAAAGCCUGCGUGAAAUGGAGCCAGAUUGCUCUUCUCUCCCUGAAAUGCAGAAGGCUGUGAGUGACAUGGGCCUCUGGAGAAUGCAGGUCUGUGCAAUAGCAUGGCUCCGUUUCUUAAAGUUAAAACGUGGAAGGAAAGUGCUUUUGUCCUUACUGUUGGUAUUUGGAAUUGCAAUGUUCCCUUUGAUUGUGGAAAAGAUACUUUAUGCUGUGGCAAACAAAGAGAUGGAUUGGGAAUUUAAAACUGAAUUUUAUUUCCUUUCUCCUGGACAACUUCCCCAGGACCCCCGUACCAGCCUGUUGAUCAUCAAUAACACAGAAUCAAAUAUUGAAGAUUUUAUUCAGUCACUAAAGCAUCAAAAUAUACUUUUGGAAGUAGAUGACUUUGAAAACAGAAAUGGCACUGAUGGCGUCUCAUACAAUGGAGCUAUCAUAGUUUCUGGUAAACAAAAGGAUUAUAGAUUUUCUGUUGUGUGCAACACCCAGAGACUGCACUGUUUUCCUAUCCUUAUGAAUAUCAUCAGCAAUGGGCUACUUCGAAUGUUUAAUCAUACCCAAUUUAUUAGAAUUGAAAGAAGCCCGUUUUACUUUGCCCAUGUAUUCCUCUGGACCGGGCUACCGGAAGGUUCCAUUUUCUUAUUUACAGUUGUAUGCAGCAUUUCUCCUUACAUUGCCAUGAGCAGUGUCAGUGAUUACAAAAAGAAAGCUAAGUCGCAGCUAUGGAUUUCAGGCCUCUAUACGUCUGCUUACUGGUGUGGGCAGGCACUGGUGGAUGUUACCCUCUUCACUUUAAUUCUCCUUUCAAUGUAUUUAAUUUUAUACAUAGCAGACAUGGUGCACAUUCAUAUUACAAGUCGAACGGUGUUUGCCAUGGGGGUGAUUACAUUUGGUUAUGCAGCUUCUCUUGUCUUCUUGACAUAUAUGGUAUCAUUUAUUUUUCGCAAGAGGAGAAAAAAUAGUGGCCUUUGGUCAUUUUGCUUCUAUCUUGCCACGGAGAUCAUGUUUGGCAUCAUUGGAAUCCAUCAAUUCAACCUCACUGCCGUGGUUACCAUCAUGAUAUUAGUUCCUUCAUCUACUUUGAGUGGAUUUAUAGUCUUUUUGGAAAAAAAAGCUCAGGAGAAGUCCGCAGAAUUUCUAGAACAAAAUUAUGAGCUGAGUGAAGUUGAUCUUCUAGUAUGCCUGAUACCUUAUUUUCAGGCUUUGCUAUUCGCUUUUGUCCUAAGAUGCAUGGAGCUAAAAUGUGGAAAAAGAAUAAUGCGAAAGGAUCCUGUUUUCAGAAUUUCCCCCCAGAGUAGAGAUGUUCGACCAAAUCCAGAAGAACCUAUAGAUGAAGAUGAAGAUGUCCAAGCAGAAAGAAUUAGAACAGCAACUGCCCUGACCACUUCAAACUUAGAUGAGAAACCAGUCAUAAUUGCCAGCUGUCUGCACAAAGAAUAUGCAGGCCAGAAGAAAAGUUGCCUUUCAAAGAGAAAGAAGAAAGUAGCAGCAAGGAAUAUCUCCUUCUGUGUUAAAAAAGGUGAAAUUUUGGGAUUGUUAGGACCCAAUGCUGCUGGUAAAAGUUCGUCUAUGAGAAUGAUAUCUGGGAUCACAAAGCCAACAGCUGGAGAGGUGGAACUUAAAGGAUGUGGUUCAGUUUUGGGUCACCAGGGAGAUGACACAGUCAAGUUCCUGGGAUACUGUCCUCAGGAGAAUGUGCUGUGGCCUGUCCUGACGAUGAAAGAACACCUGGAAGUGUAUGCCGCCGUGAAAGGACUAAGGAAAUGGGACGCCAGGGUUGCCAUUACACGAUUAAUGGAUGCUUUCAAACUGCAUGAGCAGCUGAAUAUUCCAGUGCAGAAAUUAACAGCAGGAACCACUAGAAAGUUGUGUUUUGCCCUGAGCAUCCUGGGAAAUUCACCUGUCCUGCUUCUGGAUGAACCAACUACAGGCAUGGACCCUACAGAGCAGCAGCAAAUGUGGCAGGCCAUUCAGGCAGCUGCUAAAAAAGCAGAGAGGGGCAUUCUCCUGACCACCCACUGCCUGGCUGAAGCUGAGGCCAUCUGUGACCGUGUGGCCAUCAUGGUGUCUGGAAGGUUGAGAUGCAUUGGCCCCAUCCAACACCUGAAAAACAAACUUGCCAAGGAUUACAUUCUAGAACUAAAAGUGAAGGAAGCUUCUCGAGUGCCUUUGGUCCACACGGAGAUUCUGAAGCUUUUCCCACAGGCUGCACAGCAGGAAAGGUUUUCCUCCUUGUUGGCCUAUAAGCUUCCCGUGGAAGAUGUUUACCCUCUAUCUCAGGCGUUUCACAAAUUAGAGGCAGUGAAACAUAAGUUUAACCUGGAAGAGUACAGCCUUUCUCAGUGUACCUUGGAAAAGGUAUUCCUAGAGCUUUUUAAGGAGCAGGAGCAGGAAAAUUUUGAUGAGGAAGUUGAUACAACCAUGAGAUGGAAACUGCUUUCUCAGUCAGAUGAACCUUAAAACCUCAAGGCUAAUAAUUCUUUCUUGAUGUUCUAUAAACCUACA